UUUAUGUUUACCUUUUGAAAGGACAGGACGAACAAACAGAUCCAGAUCGCAUAAUUCCAAAAAGAUGAAAGUUUUGAUUAUAAUAUAAGUUCAUUCAAAGUUACAUUUUCACGUAUAAUGACUUUACUUCACUAGAAAUAAUGAAAAUAGAACAAAUUUGCCGUAUGUGUUCUUCGGAAAAGACUCGUAUCCGACCGAUCUUCAAGGCGUACAAACGCGAGAGGCUGCUCACCAUCAUAAAGGAUGUAGUUCAGAUCGAAGUGUCUGAGGGUGACGGUCUUCCGUGGAACAUUUGCAAACCCUGUGCCACCACGCUGAUACGGAUCCAGGAUAAUUUGGAGGAAUUUCGGGAGAACGACCGCCAUCUGCGAAGUAGGCUUCUGGGCAAUAAUACCGAGACGAAGCCGACUAUAGCUUUGGAGAAUGGGCUUUCCUUACCCUCGAGCAUUUCCCAAAUGGCCAUACAUGAAGAUACAGAUGUUAGUCGUAUCUCUCAAACGGAUGUAAACGAGGGCAGCUAUAAAAAUACCAACGAAGUCGGUAUGGAGCAAACUUCUUGCAAAUAUCAGUCCAAAGAUGUUGCUAUACCUGAUGAAACUGCAGAAGUCUGUAAACUUGCUCACAACAUUGAUGCAACAACAAAAAUUGAAUCUGAUCAAUUUAAUUCAGUUUCUCGUGAGUCGGAUGACAAUUCUCCAGAAGAUUAUAAAAUUGAAGCUUUACAGAUCGAACUUGAUGAUGAGGUGCUGACAGACAAGACAGAUCUAAAUGACGAUAAUAAUACCGAUGAUUACAUACCAUCGGGUGAAGUUAUUUGUAAUAAAAACAAUCUUCCCAAUUCCCAAUCAAAAGAAAAAUUUUCUGGCGAAGAAAUUCGAGCUCGUCGAAGGCUACGUGCGAAUAAAACUGUUAAGACACAUUUAGGAAUUGCAAAGUCCACCAAAAGUCCAAAGUUUGAAUGCGACGAUUCUAAUCGACCGAAAAUGAAUGAUCACAAAUGUUAUAUUUGUCGUAGUCAAUCUUUGGGAUCGGCAAAAGCCUUAUUAGAGCAUCUGACGACUCACUUGGAUCGCACGCCGUACACCUGCACGGAUUGUAUAAUGGAAACAGUGGUUGUGAAAAGUGUGCGAUCGCUCAAUUAUCACUUGAAAAUGCACGCCCAGCCCAUGAAGUGUCAAUACUGCGACCGUCGCUACUGUGAUGAUCGAGCCAGAGAUCACCAUGUCAAGACAUUUCAUUUAGGGGAAAGUGCUCCCUGUGCCUCAAAAUGCAACGAGUGCGGGAAGGUGUGCAAGUCGAUAUCGGCCCUCAAAAGCCACAUGCGUGAUCACCGACUGAACCUGGCUUGCGAUCACUGCGAUAGAGUAUUCCACCGUAGGAGUAAAUUGAAGGACCAUAUAGCAAGGGUACAUGAAAAAGCCCAGCGUUUUGAGUGCAAUAUAUGCAAUAGAGUAGUGCAUUCCUUGGAUAGUUACAACUCACACCUGAAAAUGCAUACGAACGAGAAAACCUAUGAAUGCGAUCUCUGCCCGAUGAGGUUCUACACGGCGGGUAAUUUGGGCCUGCAUAAGAAGAUUCACUCUACUAAUGCAAAUUACAAACCACACAAAGACUGGAGCGGCCACUACACCGUAAGCCAAGAACCUGGGCAAGAUAAAGUCUACACGUGCAAACUUUGUGGAAAGUCAUACACAAGAACCGUUAUGAAGAUCAACAAUCACCUGAAGAAUCACUUCAAAGAUAUCAAAUGCGAUCGCUGUGAGCUGAAAUUUGUGAACGAAUCCCAGUUGAAGGUACACUACGUGGUUCACACCGGAAUUCGGCAGCACAAAUGUAGCUUCUGUGGGAAGGAUUUCCUGCAUAAGAACAAUUUAACCCAACAUUUGAAACUGCAUCGCAAUGAGCAGAAUUACGCCUGCGAGUUCUGCGGCAAGUUGUUCACCUACAAAGAGGGGAUGAAGGCACACAUCCGCAAUCAUCACCUGCGGGACAGUCCGUACGAGUGCACCCGAUGCCGGAGAAAGUUCGUGGACAAUGCAUCGCUGGAUAGACAUGUUACGGCGGAACAUGAACCUCCACCACAGCAGAUUAAUCUUGGACCGCCACCGCUUAUGGGGACCAUGUCGGUGUCAAUGGUUCCUAAUUUCGAGACCAAUUCGGGUAUGAAUGUAGCUAAUAAAUAAAGCAAUUUUUGUAUAGGGUUCCACAAAUAUUUUGUGUUAUAGGUAUCCAUUCAUAUUAUAGAGAAAUGCCUUCUAUC